AUGCUUCGCAAAACCAGUGGGUCAAACAUUCGACGUACUAAGCUCGAGGCUUCAGCGGAAAUUGUUGCCAUAGACAAUAAAGUCGAUGAGGCGAAAACGACAAAGGAUCUUGAUGACGUUCUCGAACGUAUUCAGGCUCUAGUCCAGAGCGUCAUCGAUGCUCCAAAAUUGCUAGAGUCAACUGGCUACGUAAAUUCUUUGAGGGAGAUUAUGAGCAGAUAUUUCAAAGCCAAAAUGUUGUCAUUGGAUGGACACGCAAUUGGCCGCGGAAUCACCACAUCUGCUGCACUAUCAAACAAAGAUGCUUUCAUUGUCGGAGCCGCCCGUACACCUAUUGGAUCAUUUCGUUCUUCUCUCUCUUCGGUAACUGCUCCAGAACUCGCCUCGGUUGCCAUCAAAGCAGCAUUGGAGCGUGGAGCAGUGAAGCCGAGUUCAAUUCAGGAGGUGUUCCUUGGUCAAGUCUGCCAUGCAAAUGCUGGCCAAGCUUCCGCUCGUCAAGCAGCUCUUGGAGCCGGACUCGAUCUUUCGGUUGCUGUUACCACCGUCAAUAAAGGAUGGUCAUCAGGAAUGAAGGCAAUCAUUCUUGCUGCCCAGCAAAUUCAAACCGGUCACCAAGAUCUGGCCAUUGGCGGAGGAAUGGAGAGCAUGUCACAAGUACCAUUUUUCCUUGCUCGAGUCGAACAGUCGUCUAACAAAUAUCAGGAGCAAACUGUCCAAGACGGAAUUUCCGAUUUCUUCGACAAACAAGAACUGUGCAUCAAUGGCGAAAGAACUGUGAAGAAUUAUGGCAUAUCUCGAAAUGCCAAAACAAAUUCUCAAUUGAAAGUUGUGAAAAGACAAUUGAAGCAUGGAGGAACGGCAACAUUGGUCCAGAAGUGGUGGCAGUGAACGUAAAAUCGAAGAAAGGGGUGGAAGCCGUCAAACAAGAUGACAUUACGAAGAUCAAGAAGAUCAAGGAAGGCUCAGUGUAUUCAAGCAUUCCAAUUUUUCCAGGCGGAACAAUUUCGGAUAAACACAUUGCCGCGUUCACAGACGGAGCAGCUGCUGUCAUUCUUGCCUCGCAGGAAGCAGUUUCCGAGCAAAACUUGAAGCCAUUGGCCAGAAUUUUGGCGUACGGAGAUGCCGCCACGCACCAACUCGAUUUCGCUGUAGCGCCGACUUUGCUGUUCCCAAAUCUUCUUCAAUCAGCAGGAGUCGAGCAAUCAGAUGUUGCUCAAUGGGAAGUUAAUGAAGCCUUCUCAUGUGUUCCCCUUGCUUUCAUCAAAAAACUAGGAGUCGAUCCAUCACUUGUGAACCCACAUGGAGGAGCUGUUUCAAUUGGUCACCCCAUCGGAAUGUCCGGAGCCAGCCUCAUCACUCAUCUUGUGCACACACUCGAAAGUGGCCAAAUCGGAGUUGCUGCCCUUUGUGACGGAGACGGUGGCUCAAGUGGAAUGGUUAUCCAGAAAUUAUAG